AUGGUGAGCGACACGAGCGAGAGGAAGGCGGCGCGGCCGGGCCAGUGCGGCGGGCCGCCGGCGGAGCCGGAGCAGCUCCCCUGCCCACGAUGCGACUCUACCAACACCAAAUUCUGCUACUACAACAACUACAACUACUCCCAGCCCCGCCACUACUGCAAGUCCUGCCGCCGCUACUGGACCCACGGCGGCACCCUCCGCGACAUCCCCGUCGGCGGCGCCACCCGCAAGGCCGCCAAGCGCUCCCGUACCGCCGCCGGAUCGCCUCUCCCCUCCGCCCUCCGCGCCUUCCCAGCCGCCUCCCAGCUCCUGCCGCCGCCCUUCGCCGCGGACCACGGCUCCUUCGCCGGAGACGCCAGGCAGUGCGGGGGUUUCGCUGCCCUGCUGGGCGCGCAGGGGACGGGUAUGUGGGCUCUGGGCGGGUUGGGCUUCGGGAUGGGUGCUGGGUCGAAUGAGACGGGAUUUGGGCUUGGAAGGGACGGCUGGCCCUUUUCGGGGGCUGUUGGGGGCGGGCCCACGGGAGGAGGGGUGCACACGUGGCAGGUGGAGAGUGGAGAAGGGGUUGGGGAUUGUUUUGCUUUGCCGGAUCUUUCUAUUUCCACUUCCACACCAAGUUUUAUGAAAUAUUGA